AUAUUUAGAACGAGAUAUAAAUUCAUGAAAAUAUCAAGAAUAAGCACCUUUAGUGGCUAUAACGUAUGUUUAAAGCUUAAGGUUUACGAGUAUAUUGAUAAACUGGUACCUUUGUUGAAAGAACCUGCUCUAAAUAACUGUCAAAAAUCGUUUAUUUUAAAUAAGAAUUUAAGGAUUAAGAAACCUAAAAUUAAGAAGAAACGUCUGCAAGAUGAAAUAUUAGACAAGGAUUCUGAUAGAUGGAAUAGAAUUCUUAGAGAAAAUCCAUAUGUUAAAUUACUUAUAUCACCCAUUCGUAGGGAUAUAUUGACAGAUGUACGAUUACCAUCAGCAUUUUUUCUAAGUUUUUUGGCAUGUAAAGAUCCCCAAACGAAUAAAAUAUGGAUUUUACCAAAUGGAUUAAAACAUAAGGUAGUAAGAAAGGUGGGACAGAGUCGAUGGAUGAUUUGUAAUAAAAGACAUAUAAAUUUUGUAGGAAAGAAAUAUUGGAGACGUAUACUUCCUGAUUUUGCACCAGAAGAUGCAAUAUGGAGAAGUGAUAUGGAUGAUUUUGUUUUAACAGAACUUCGAAAAAGGGUAAUAAUGGAGCUAAAAAAUGUCCAAAACAGUUUUUUAAAUAUGCUGUUAAUAAAUGGGACAUUUGUUCAAGAUAUAAAAAAAGGAAAAUUGGAAAAAAAAAUUGGAUGUAUUAUACACAAAUUUGAUGAUGACAGAAUUUGGUAUUUAGAAAAUAUAUGUAAUCAAGAGUUUAAAGUGCCAGUUAUUAAUGUUUCUAUAUUAUUUGAUCCUGACAAUAAUGAGAAUGAAUGGGUGAAGACUCUUGUGUUUGAAAAAAGUACCGCUAUUCCAUUGGAAAUAAAUACUGUAAAUGCAAUUUUUUGGAUUUGGAAGCUUCGUGCCUAUUUCUAG